AGCAGCUUUGGGUAACAAUAUUUUUUAACUUUUUUAAUGCUUCUCCCUAUCAUUCACGCGUUGCAAUCUGUCUAAAACCGCCACGUUUCAGACUGCUGCGUUUGAAACCUGCGCUCUGUAACUGUAACGGAAUAAGGCACAGAUCCCUCUUUGUCCCAGAACGAGUUUUUAACGUGCCUGCAAACCACAAACUUGUUUUUCCAGCUAUGUCUUUAUUUUCAUUUCGUCAACUAAAUGUUUCAGACAAAGAUUGAAUCUGUAGUUUGGAGCAUUCCGAAGACCCCUAAUUUAAGUGGGGCUGGGCGCGCACACACACAAACACAGGGCAAGUGAGUCAGUGUUUAGUCUGGGGCAUUCCUGAAAUCCCUGUAGAUUGUUGAUGAUUCCUGGUUUGGAGCAGACGGGUGGUGAGAGGCUGUGAGUUCAGGGCUUGGUUUUCAAGUUCCCACUGUCAGAUAUGGGCUCGCUAUUUCGGCUGCUGUUCCUCGCCUGGCUCAUCCUGCCUUUACUGGGCGCAGAAUCAGGCAGGAAACGCGGGGCUCGUCAACGCGAAGAGGAGUUCAUGGACCGGCAGCACAAUGAUGUAUGUGUGCAGGGUUCACCAGGUAUUCCUGGCCGGGAAGGUAAUCCUGGAACAAAUGGGAUACCAGGAACCCCAGGGAUCCCAGGUCGAGAUGGAGCUAAAGGAGAGAAAGGCGAGUGUAUGCAAGAACGCCUUGAGGAGCCCUGGAGAAUCAACUACAAGCAAUGUGCCUGGAAAGCACUCAACUAUGGCAUAGAUCUCGGCAAAAUCGCAGAAUGUACAUUCACCAAGCUGCGCACAGACAGUGCCCUCAGAGUAUUAUUCACUGGUUCCUUGCGUCUGAAAUGCAAAGGUGCCUGCUGUCAGCGCUGGUACUUUACAUUUAAUGGGGCUGAGUGCAAUGGUCCAUUGCCGAUUGAAGCCAUUGUCUAUCUAGAUCAAGGAAGCCCAGAAUUUAACUCAACCAUAAAUAUACAUCGCACAUCUUCAGUGGAAGGGCUCUGUGAAGGAAUCAGUGCUGGACUGGUGGAUGUUUCAGUCUGGGUUGGGUUGUGCUCCGAUGGCUAUCCACAAGGUGAUGCUUCUACUGGUUGGAACUCAGUAUCACGGUUGAUAAUCGAGGAGUUACCAAAAUAGUUUUGUCUCUACAAAAUAAAAACAAACAAGAGCCAUUCUUGUUCUAUCAGUACAAUUUAAAUAAAAUCUGUUAACUUUCAUCAAAAUCUAUGUGGAAUUUAAGUAAAUUUUUUGGAAAUCUUAAAACACCCAAUAAAAU